GUCAAAAUAACCAUCUCGUUUCAGUUUUAUUUUAUCAGAUAUAACAAAUAAAAUAAAAAAAUCCAAAUUCGCGAAUGCUAAAUAAUAUUAUUUAAAAAUAAUGGAUUCAUGCUCUCAGGAACAUAAUGAAUGCAUCAGGAAAAUUGAGGAUAUCAUAGACAUGGAGAAAGCCAAAGGUAGCUUCAACAGUCGACAAGUGGCGUUCAACCUGCCUUCGGAGUCAGGUAGCACGGUCUCCACCAACCUCGUCAAGAGCCUGGAGUCUGGAUUGGCAGAAAACAAAAUUGAACAUAUAACCAAAAAGUCUUUCAAGAAACUAAGAACAAAAAAACGCCAUAAAAGCCCUUUACCAGACGUUAUAUCCUGGCCAAGUGAUUCCGAUAUCACAGUUCUUAGAAUGAAGCUCUGUCUUACCAGCGAUUUGAAAGAGAACGUCAUCAAUACAAUACCAGGAGAUGGUUUCCAUCAGCCAGAUAGCUCUUCAAUGGUGAAUCUGGCCACGCUUAUUCUGCAGUCUAGACAUCCGUCUAAGCACAGCAUAGAGAUAGAAGAGUACCUUCUGCCUUUAUCGUCUUGGGAGCGAGACCAGAAUAAGGAUGCUGCUAAAGAUCCUCUGGUGGAGAUCCGGCCUAAUCCGGAAGAUGUACUUAAACCAAUAAAAAAAGAAGACGACAUAAUUAACGCCACCUGUAGCCAUGAACUCGAUGACAAUGACGAUUCGAGCACGCCUGCAACUGAUUCUAGAAAGUCGAAAUUGGCAAAGUUUUUGCGUCUGUACUUCUGUCCCUGUUGCACUUGCCUUUAUAAGAUGGAGGCGAUGAGAGAGCCGUCAUCUGUGUGCUUCACAAAACGCAAAGAAGCCCAUUAACGUUUUAAUUGUUUUCAGUGAAAGAUUGUUGAUUUCGUAUGAAAGUACCUAUUCACAAAAGCAUUCGUAGUAUAACUGUUCCUUUCGUUGUUGUUUUCUUUUGCAUUAAACCUUUUUCGAUAUUCUUAAUAGGUACUUAAGUAACUAUUCUGUUUGUAAUAUGACGCACGUGCUGCCCGAAAUUCCCGUUCCAGCGGUUAGGUCCCCUUUUUUAUUCUAAUUCUUGAGGACAAGUUUAUUAUGCAUACUUACUUAAAAUAUGUCUGUAUCAUUAUUCCACUCUACACCCACUAUACAGUAGGGCCUUAAAGGUAGUCCUGUAUCAUGAUAUAACCUUUGUGACCUCAUACACGUGUCGAAAUCUUCGGUCGAAAUACUUAUGCAGAAUAUCGUUCUUGGACUGUUGCAGUGCGGUGA